GAUAUUUUAUAAUUGUGAUAUAAUUUUAGAACACUGCGUUUAGAUGAAAUGGAUCAAAGUACAGCAGGAAAAAAGAAAAGACAGCGAAUCAAAAACCUUAGAGCCGUUUGCAAUAAGUUGUUGGAUUUUUGCGAUCGUCAAGACGCAGACGAUUUAUUUUAUGAACAGAUGGUAGCUCAAGAAAAAGAACCACCCACACAUCUACUUCAACCAAAAGUUAAAAAGAAACAAAUUAAAAUUAAAAAGAAUAUUCAAAAAGCAAAAAGCAUGCUGUCUUCAAAUAAUGUGACCACAACAGCUAGAGUGACUAUAUCUGAAAUGCAAGACGAUCCAAAAGAAAGUACCAAAACUAAUAAGUAUCCAUCACCAAAUAAAACUAAACGAACAUCUACCAGUGUGUCUACAAAAAAAUCUAUGAAACCUAAACUAAGCAAAAAAAUGUCGUCGAAAAACUCUGAGGUAGCGUCACAGAAAAUAGGCAAAAAGAGAGAUUAUAAGAAAGGAGAAUUCAAACCUAUACAGCAAGGUACAAAAGAUGAUAUCGUUUAUUAAUCAACAAACCUUAUUUACUUGCUGUGGUUCUUAGAGACAAUAAUUUCAGGGACAAAAAUUCGAUUCAAACUCAAUUAUGCAAUUUGUAAAGAGUCAGCUAUACCAACUAAGAAAGUACUUCAUAUGAAUAAAAUUAUAAUCAAAUGAUAUUUUAAAUAAACCAUUACUGCAAA